AUGGCCACCCCCACCACCACCGCGCUCACCUGCUCCUGCCGCCCCUCGCCCUCGUCCUCCGCCGCCUUCCGCCGGCUGAACAUCUUCGCCCCCGUCUCUCCUCGCCGCCGCCUCCGUCUCCCGCCGUUGCACGUCGGCGAUGACUCCAAGGAGGUGGAGGCGACGGCUGCCGCCGGUCUCCCCGAGGAGAGGUCUCAGGCGGAUAAGAUGGUCGACGGCAUGGACUUCGGGGUGCUCUGCAACGACUUUGAAUGCAUAAGCAGCCCCUACGUGGAGUCCACGGCGAGGCAGAUCGCGCGGGACAUCCUCGAGCUGCGCGAGGACAACCGCGCAUUCAACAGCUACGCCGUCUCCGUCAAAUAUAAGGACCCACUCAGGACAUUUGUUGGGCGUGAGAAGUACAAGAGGCCAUUAUGGAUCACUAAGGCAUUGGAAAAGCCUGUAGUGACAGUCCAGGAAAUGUCAAUGCAAUCGACAAGCAAUCUGACCAUUAAAUGGGCAUUCAGAGGGAAGCCUAAGAAUCCAUUCUUUGCGACCAUGGGAGGAAACGUCAUUGUCCGUGUUGAAUCGCAGUUCGUCCUGAACCAGAUAAGUGGACAAGUACUAGAACAGGUCGACUCCUGGGACCUCUCUGCCUCGUCUCUUCCAGCUCAAGCAUAUUUUUGGCUGUCCAGAAGGGUUUACUCCACUGUUGAGUCCGGGAAGGAUACAAUCGAAGCUGCUAAGAGCACGGCAUCUGGGCUAACAAAGGGAGAUCAGAAUUUCGAGGCUUAUCCAGAUCCUUCUAGUGAUCCUACAAAGUUCUUUGAAAGGCCAGAUGAUGGCUUCAAUCAGGACGUGUACCAGAUUGGGCUUCUCCUGGCCGUGAUCUACUUCAUUGUACAGUUUUUGAGAACGACUCUGUGA